CGUCCCGCCGCCCAUCAUGAGCGAGGAGAGCCGAGGGGACGGCCGCGCCGAGAGCGCCAAGGACAUGGAGAAACAGCUUCGGCUGCGCGUGUGCGUGCUCAGCGAGCUGCAGAAGACCGAGCGGGACUACGUGGGCACCCUGGAGUUCCUAGUGUCGGCAUUCUUACAUAGAAUGAACCAGUGUGCUGCAGCAAAGGUGGACAAGAAUGUAACAGAAGAAACAGUGAAGAUGUUGUUCUCAAACAUUGAAGAUAUCCUUGCAGUACAUAAAGAAUUCUUAAAAGUCGUGGAAGAAUGCCUACACCCAGAACCCAAUGCUCAACAGGAAGUGGGGACCUGCUUUCUUCACUUUAAAGACAGGUUUCGUAUCUAUGAUGAAUACUGUAGCAACCAUGAGAAGGCACAAAAAUUGCUUCUUGAACUUAACAAAAUAAGAACAAUCCGGACGUUUCUUUUGAACUGCAUGUUGCUCGGAGGAAGAAAUAAUACAGAUGUCCCCUUGGAAGGAUACUUGGUAACUCCGAUUCAAAGGAUAUGCAAGUACCCUCUGCUCUUGAAGGAGUUGCUGAAGAGGACUCCACGGAAACACAGUGACUACGUGGCAGUGAUGGAAGCCCUCCAAGCCAUGAAAGCAGUCUGUUCCAACAUAAACGAGGCCAAGAGACAGAUGGAGAAGUUAGAAGUUUUAGAGGAAUGGCAGUCUCACAUUGAAGGCUGGGAGGGAUCUAACAUCACUGACACCUGUACUGAAAUGUUGAUGUGUGGAGUCUUACUGAAAAUUUCUUCUGGAAAUAUUCAAGAACGCGUGUUUUUUCUUUUUGAUAAUCUUUUGGUGUACUGCAAAAGGAAACACAGACGCUUGAAGAACAGCAAAGCAUCCACAGAUGGACACCGGUACCUAUUUCGGGGCCGGAUCAAUACCGAAGUGAUGGAGGUGGAGAAUGUGGAUGAUGGCACCGCUGACUUCCAUAGCAGCGGACACAUUGUUGUUAACGGUUGGAAGAUACAUAAUACAGCAAAAAAUAAGUGGUUUGUGUGCAUGGCAAAAACACCUGAAGAAAAGCACGAGUGGUUUGAAGCUAUUUUGAAAGAAAGAGAACGACGAAAAGGUUUAAAACUAGGAAUGGAGCAAGACACCUGGGUAAUGAUCUCUGAACAGGGUGAGAAACUUUAUAAAAUGAUGUGCAAACAAGGAAAUCUGAUCAAAGACAGAAAAAGGAAAUUGACUACGUUCCCUAAAUGCUUCCUUGGAAGUGAAUUUGUGUCGUGGUUGUUGGAAAUUGGAGAGAUUCAUAGACCGGAAGAAGGUGUUCACUUGGGACAAGCAUUAUUAGAAAAUGGAAUCAUCCACCAUGUUACUGAUAAACAUCAAUUCAAGCCAGAGCAGAUGUUAUAUAGAUUUCGGUAUGACGAUGGUACGUUUUAUCCAAGAAAUGAGAUGCAGGAUGUGAUUUCAAAGGGCGUAAGAUUGUAUUGUCGUCUUCAUAGUCUGUUUACCCCAGUGAUAAGAGAUAAAGAUUACCAUUUAAGGACCUACAAAUCUGUUGUCAUGGCCAACAAAUUGAUAGACUGGUUAAUUGCACAGGGGGAUUGCCGUACCAGAGAAGAGGCAAUGAUAUUUGGCAUUGGACUCUGUGACAAUGGAUUUAUGCACCAUGUCCUGGAAAAAAGUGAAUUCAAAGAUGAGCCCCUACUUUUCCGUUUUUUUGCGGAUGAGGAAAUGGAAGGAUCAAAUAUGAAACAUCGACUUAUGAAACAUGAUUUAAAAGUUGUGGAAAAUGUUAUAGCCAAGUCACUCUUGAUUAAAUCUAAUGAUGGCAGUUAUGGCUUUGGGCUAGAAGACAGAAAUAAAGUUCCAAUAAUAAAAUUGGUAGAAAAGGGGUCUAAUGCUGAGAUGGCUGGCAUGGAAGUUGGGAAAAAGAUUUUUGCUAUUAAUGGUGACCUGGUUUUUAUGAGACCUUUCAAUGAAGUGGAUUGCUUCUUGAAAUCAUGCUUAAACAGCAGAAAGCCUCUAAGAGUUCUUGUGAGCACAAAGCCAAGGGAGACUGUGAAAAUCCCAGAUUCAGCUGAUGGGCUUGGAUUCCAGAUCCGAGGAUUUGGCCCUUCUGUGGUACAUGCAGUAGGAAGAGGAACUGUAGCCGCAGCAGCUGGUCUUCACCCUGGACAAUGUAUUAUCAAAGUAAAUGGAAUCAAUGUCAGCAAAGAGACCCACGCCAGUGUCAUUGCGCAUGUUACAGCCUGCAGGAAAUACAGGCGACCAAUGAAGCAAGAUUCCAUACAGUGGGUUUAUAAUAGCAUCGAGAGUGCUCAGGAAGACCUCCAAAAAUCUAACUCCAAACCUCCUGGAGAUGAACCAGGGGAUGCUUUUGACUGCAAAGUUGAAGAGGCACUUGACAAGUUCAACACCAUGGCCAUCAUCGACGGGAAGAAGGAGCACGUGAGUCUGACAGUGGACAAUGUCCACCUGGAGUACGGGGUUGUGUACGAGUAUGACAGCACAGCUGGGAUCAAGUGCAAUGUGGUGGAGAAGAUGAUUGAGCCCAAGGGGUUCUUCAGCCUGACUGCCAAGAUUCUUGAAGCCCUGGCUAAAAAUGAUGAUCAUUUUGUGCAAAACUGUGCCAGCCUAAAUUCUCUAAAUGAAGUGAUUCCUUCUGACCUUCAGAGUAAAUUCAGUGCCAUGUGCAGUGAAAAAAUUGAGCACAUUUGUCAGAGAAUUUCCAGUUACAAAAAGUUCUCUCGUGUGCUGAGGAAUCGAGCUUGGCCCACCUUUAAACAAGCCAAAUCUAAGAUCUCCCCACUGCACAGCAGUGAUUUCUGCCCUACCAACUGCCAUGUCAAUGUGAUGGAAGUUUCUUAUCCCAAAACAUCAACCUCUCUGGGGAGUGCCUUUGGUGUUCAGCUGGAUAGUAGGAAGCAUAAUUCUCAGGAUAAAGAAAGUAAAUCUUCUGAGCAAGGGAAACUGAGCCCGAUGGUGUACAUUCAGCACACCAUUACGACCAUGGCAGCCCCUUCAGGACUAUCUUUGGGACAGCAGGAUGGCCAUGGCCUUCGGUAUUUGUUGAAAGAAGAAGACUUAGAAACUCAAGAUAUCUAUCAGAAACUUCUGGGCAAAAUCCAGACUGCACUGAGAGAAGUGGAGAUGUGUGUUUGUCAAAUAGAUGAAUGAAUUAAACCACCUGAAGUUGCUAAGAAAACUAUUUUUAAGCAAUUGCAUUAUAUUUUUGAAUUGCCUUGAAACAUGGUAACAGAAGUUUAUAAUUUAGGAUGUCAUACUUUGCUUAAUCUAAUAAAUGUGAUUUUAUUAC